AUCACUUUUUCCAUUUCAGAUUUCUUGGCUUAGAUGCGAAUAUGCUUCAUCUUCAUUUGAAUUUUAAAUCUUCAUUUAUAGAAUCUUCAGUGCGGAAUGCGCCGCAGUAUUCGUGUAAAAUGCAAUUGUUUUAUCUUCUCCAACAUUAAACUGUUCUUAUCCAUGAACAAUAUUCUAAAAAAUACCAUGGAUUUGACUUUAUUGAAUAUCCUGAUGCAGGGCAAUUAAUUGCUUGAUUUCCUGACAGAUACUUGAUACUUUCUUUUCUGAUAGUUUCUUGAGUUGCAAUUAGAAGGAACCCAUGGCAUCUGAGAGGGAAUCUUUUGACCUCUCAGGACCUUUGCAUCUGACUAAUGUCUUCUGGUAUGAGAUUGUGGUUUCGUUGGGUAUGGUUGAUGCUGCCACAGUCACAGUCUUGGAACCCAAAAAGCCUUGGCCAUUUAUUCCCUGUCUUUACCAAGAAGAUUCGUCAUGGAACUAUGACCAUGAAAUUUUUCAGAUACCUGUUUUUCUUUAUUAGACUGCGUGUAUUAAAAGCCUAAUACACAUAGGAUAUACCUUUUCCAUGGAGCUUCAAUAUUGAAAAUUCUUAUGAACUCAGUAGUUGUAUGCUAUGAUUUGUGUAUUUGACAUAUCUGGCUCAUACAAAAUAGUGUACCAUCUAACUCAGGGAUAACUCGAAUCAUCGGAUGACAGUUGCUGCUAGUUUGGUCCAAGGUGUUUACAUUCUAGAAAGGGAUAGGCAAGAAAAACGGGAAGGUUCAGAGGCCCUUGCACCUCCUUGGUGGAAAUUCUUCCAAUUUCAGCUGCUCCGUCCGCUUGUAGACGAUGUUGAUUCGUCUCUCUUUGGAGCAAUAUAUGAGUUCAGGCCUUCAAAUUCUCAGCAGAAUGAUACUUUAUAUAGAAGUCCACGUUAUGUGAUUGCCUUUAGAGGAACUCUAACCAAAUCACACUCAGUUUCGCGUGAUGUUGAGUUGGAUAUCCACUUCAUCAAACAGGGCCUUCAUCAAACUUCUCGCUCUGAAAUAGCUAUUCAGGCUGUCCGAAACAUGAUAGAAACUGUAGGUGAUUCAAAUGUUUGGUUGGCUGGACACUCCCUAGGAUCAGCAAUGGCAAUGCUGACUGGGAAAACAAUGGCCAAAAAUGGCAUAUUUAUUGAAUCUUUUCUUUUCAACCCACCAUUUGUAUCUGCUCCAAUUGAGAGAAUCAAGGAUGAGAGAGUGAAACAUGGGAUUCGAUUUGCGGGCAGUGUGAUAACUGCUGGACUCGCCUUUGCUAUGCAAGCCAAGCAGCCCAAGGAUUUAUCUGUUGAUCCAUUUGCUGCUCUGGCUGCCUGGGUUCCAGGUUUGUUUGUGAAUCCAUGUGAUCAUAUCUGCUCGGAAUAUAUUGGGUACUUUGAACACAGAAGAAAAAUGAAUGACAUUGGAGCAGGAGUCAUUGAAAGGUUAGCAACUCAAAAUUCACUGGGUGGCCUAUUGAUGAGUGCAUUUGGAAAGGAAUCUGAACCUCUCCAUCUCAUUCCUUCAGCUUCUCUGACAUUAAACGUUACCCCUUCUCGCGAUUUUAAAGAAGCUCAUGGUAUUCACCAAUGGUGGAAAGCUGACUUGCAGCUAGAACACAAGCUCUACAAGUACACGUAGUUCCUGUACAUAUCUAUUGUGAUACAUGUAACAUGUAAGUUAAUUUUCUAACCCCAUUCAGAGAUCUCAGUAUUAUGUAUUUGUUAUCAAUCGUCUCUCCCUCUUGUGUUAUUUAAAGAGUUUUAAUGAAUUAACCAUCUU